GGAGUACUGUACAGAUUUCUACAUGGAGAAGACUAAGUCAGGAACGCCUAUAACCUGCAAUGAAGCAGCAUUGUUUAAGAACAAGGAGAAAACUCUGUACUUGUACAGAACUAAGGAGGGGGAUUGGGUGACAGGAAAAAUACAACUUGGGAAGAUAGGAAAAUCACCCGCACUCCGUAGUCAAGAUCCGCAAAGAACUUCCUUCAUUCAAGAAUGCCCUUGUCAGACCGAAGUUUGGCAGAAGAUGGUGGGAAAGAACUGGGUUACGGACAGCGAGCUCCGAGUUAUAAUUAGAGCGCCAAGAGUUGUAAUUACCAUGGAAUAAUGUGCUACUGCUCACUCGCUCCUUUUUAAAUAUGGAAAAAAACUGUUUUAAUGGGACUGUAAGUGUAGUAUCAAGUGACCCUCCAUUAAAAGAUUGCAAUG